GUGUGAAAAUGCUGUAUUUUAUAAACACGCAUAUUCUAGUGUUUGGAAUCCUCUUUGUAAAACGUUCCUUAGGUAUUACGUGCGGAGACUGGUAUGGAUUUAAAGCAGUGUUCCUUGACAAGACUCCGCAAGACAAGGCGUCGACAGACAAGAUGAACGUCAGCCGGGCGGAAUGCUUGUCCACUUGUCAUGCGUUAUAUAGGGCCAAGUGCAAGGCGUUCUUCUACAGCGAACACAGUCAUAGAUGUCAGAUGUAUGACAAUUCUCUGUCAUGUCUGAAGCUCAAAGACGAGACUGGUACAAAGGGAUUUGUUGAAGAGAAGAACUCACCAGAACCACUAGCCGAGUGUUCCCACUUGACAGGAGAAGUCCGCUCCUUCCAAGUCCCUGGUUCGAGUACACCCAUCGAUGGAUAUUUCGACAGUGACGGAUGGUUGGUUAUACAGAGGCGCACAGAUGGGACGGAAAAUUUCGAUACAUCAUGGACCGAUUACGAAAAUGGAUUUGGAAAUUUGGAAAACGAAUUUUGGUUAGGGAACAAGCACAUCCACUCUAUCACCAGCCAGGCGAAAUACGAGAUACAGUUUGACGUCUCAAAGGGCCAAACGACAGACAGCAGACGAUAUGCGGGUUUCUCGAUAGCAGGUGCGGCUGACAAGUAUCGGCUGAGCAUCGAACCCCCACCUACAGGUAAAUAUGUAGUUGAAGGUAAAAAAAGAAAAAAGAAGGUAGUUAUAUUUUCAAGCAAAUCGCUAAAUUGACAUCUGGUAUUCUCUCGCUCUGCCCCUCUCCCAGUCUCAUGUAUGUCUCUCUCUCUUAUCAUCUGUA